UGCAACCCUGUCUCAUAACUGUAAAUCUCCGUCGGUGCGCUUCAGCGCAAAUAAAAACACAUUUGUUUCUUUUUAACUUUUAACCAAAACAAAAUGACGGAGUUCAAUGCAAACACCGUACUUUGGAGCCUCGAUGACUAUAUCAAAGUGCGCAAAGACGAAAUGUCAAUUAACAGAAAAGUAAAGCAGAAGAAGGAGGCAAGCCGAGGCACUCGACAAUCUGCGCAUUUGCAGUCUUACAAGGACACCGACUUAUCUCAGGACGAAGACGAUGAUGGCGAAUCCAGUUUUCCAGUGGAGAAUAGCGUAAAUUUGGACGAUGCCGCACAUGCAGCGAAUAUGAACCAGCUGAAUUUUGAAAAGAAUGAUUUCGAUCAGCUAAUGUAUGAUGAUCGUUCGGAAACAUAUCAUGUGGAUUCGAUUGCUGAACCAUUAGAAGCACCAAACCCAACGCCACGACGUCCGAGCGUUAAAUCGCGUCUUGGCCUGAGGCCGUGGGCAAACGGGGGCACUCGCUGGCAAGAGCCUCUGCUGAAACAACACGGAACGACUCAGAAGCGCGGCGGAGCUUAUCCUAACAAUAUCAACAAGCGCAACAGAAAGAGGUCAAAUUUCAAUCAAAGACGUGUGCAGACGGGUGCCAAUGUGCAGAGUGGUCUCGACCUUUCGUUCGAACAGAAAAUGUAUAACGCAAACAUUGGUCAACUGCAAAACGUAUUAAAUAGCGCACCAAAUACCUACCAGAAUAAUAACUUUUCUCACAAUGGCUUACCGUUCAAUGCCAGUGCCAAUAAUAAUAAUUUACAUUUUAACAACAACAACAACACCAUGAUGCCCUUGAAUGAAAUGAACGCUUGCAAUUCGAGCAGCAUCGGCGCGUUGCUGCAAAACAUGCAAGGAUCUGUCAAUCCGAACAUCUGCGGCGGGCUAUUUUUGAACAACCAAGGACUUGUCAAUUCGAACAGCAACGGAGUGUUGCUGCAGCAUACUCAAGCAGCCGCCAAUUUGAACAAUUUCGGCGGAAUGGCUCAAAACCAAGGAGCUAUCAAUUCGAACGUCUUCGGCGGUGGUUUCCAGAAUAACCAAACACCCGUCAAUUUGAACAGCUUAUGCGGUGGUUUCCAGAACAACCAAGGACCCGUCAAUGUGAACAGCUUCGGCGGAACGCUUGGAAAUAUGCAAGUCACCACCAAUUCGAACAGCCACGGCGGGCUGAUUCACAACAGCCAGGGAUCUGCCAAUUCAAACCGCUACCCUGGACUUUUAUCGAAUAAUAAAGGAUCUUGCAGUACAAACAGCUUCGGCGAAAUGCAAGGAACUGCCAAUUCGAGCAGCUACAGCGGAAUGUUUUCAAGCAACAACGUAGGCAUGUUCUCGAGCAACAACGGCGCGAUGUUCUCGAAUAAUGCGAACAGCAUCAGACCCAAUAUCAUUGCAAACAAUUGGGGCAGCAGUGCCGAGAUGCGCUCGAAAAGUCCAGUCAAUGUCAAUGCACGUCAGAGUCGUCAGGAGCCAUCGGUCAAGGGCAACCUUGAAGCAUUGUUGGCUUCUCCAGAUCAGCCAAAAAGCGGUAUGUUUGUGGGUGAGGCGCUUGGCAUGAGUCUGAGCGAUUGCAAAACGGCCGACUUCCGUACUGUGGCCCAGAACGUAUUGUUUUUGCUGGCUACUGCUGAAAAUGAUUCCCAAACCAAGCCAGACUAUGGGGUCGUUAAUAAAAAUGUAUCGCAGGAUCGUCAUUUGUGAACCUGGAUGGAGUAAUGGGAACACGCUGCGUCGCUGAAAUUAUAAUUAAGAAUUUAUCAUGACAAUAGGUUUAGUGUAACAAUUUCAAAGUAGACGAAUUAGCGGGAAGCUGCCAGCCGGUCGUGCCGGACAUGUGUGAAUGCGCGUUGGUGUUCUAUGAGGUAAGAAGAAGAGUGGUUGCUGUGAAUGUCACAUCAGAGAACAAGAGUUGAGAUUUUCUUGUAUAUGUACACAAGUAUGUACUUUCGCUGAUAAGAACAUGCUGAGCUGCUUAUCAGCAAUGCACAACGAAAAGUACUCAUGGACAGCCGAGCCGAGCCGAGAUGUGAGAAGAGAAGCGAAAGCGGACGAAAAUAGAAACAAACGGCGAUAAAUUUACAGCAAAAGGCGAAUGUUCAUACCGAAGCGAUUCGCCGAUGGAGGAACAGCAAAGCAGAACGCAGAACAGAGUAAAAUAAUAAUCAAUCAGUUAAUCUGCUCAAUAGUUAAAACGUGGAAGUGACAUAGCCGAAUGGAAAUGGAUCGUGUAGACAGGCAAAUCGAGUGAUAAAGUUCGUUUAUAUCGAGAGAGCCUCAUCAAGUGAAUAAUUAUUUUGAUUUCUGGUCGAAUGCCGGCAUACGACCCACACGACAAUUAUCUGAACAAAGAAAAUCCAAUUAUUUUUAGUUUUGUAAGUGCAGAAAGAGCAACAAAUAAACGUAUAACA